AUGGCAACGUCCAAGGCUCAAGGGCAACCGUUCUGGCUUGGUGGUGCCGCUGCUGCAAUGGCCGCUUGUUGCACUCAUCCUUUAGAUCAGACAAAAUACCGAAUGCAAGUCAUCUCGACGAGACAGAACAUGUUUAGAACCCUCAUUCAGUUCGCGACUCGUGAUGGAAUUCCUUCUUUAUGGUGGGGAAUCUCAGCUUCUAUUCUUCGGCAAUCCACAUAUUCAACCGCAAGAUUUGGAUUAUACAAUUACUUUGCUCGCGAGGCUCGGCAGAGAACAGGGCAACAGCGGCUAUCCAGUCCAAUUGAGAUCGCUUGCGCUGGGGUUGCUGGUGGAUUUGCUGGAUUGAUUGGGAAUCCCACCGAAGUAGCCCUCGUCAGAAUGUGCGCCGACGGUGCAAAAGCACCGGCUCAAAGAUUCGGAUACGCUCAUGCAUUCGAUGCCCUAAUCAGAAUCGGCAGAGAGGAAGGCGUCGGGACCUUUACUCGAGGGAUCGGGCCGAAUGUUGUUCGCAGCGUCAUAAUGAAUGUGUCGCAGAUCGCCACAUAUUCCGCUGCGAAACGUGCCUUGCUGUCGAACCCAUCACUUGGCCUGAAAGAUGGCAUGCCGACUCAUUUCCUUGCAUCCUUACUUGCCGGCACUGUUGCAACUACAGCCUGCGCACCGGCCGAUGUCUUGAAGAGCAGGGUUCAAAAUGCUGUAACAAUCGAUGGAGUGAAGCCGAGUGUGGGCAAGAUAAUUGCUGAAUCGCUGCGCAAUGAGGGCCCGCGGUUCCUUUUCAAGGGCUGGACUCCAGCCUGGCUAAGAUUGGCUCCCAAUACUGUGCUCACUUUCAUCUUUCUCGAGCAACUGCAAAAGCUUGUCAAUCUGUCGAGGGAAGUGAGUGCCGCUGAGAAUCUUCCAGUAUCUGCAUCAGUCCAGAAGGCUCAAUAG